CCUACCUUCGCUUCAGACCUGCAGUUUUUUUCUUGUGCAAUGGACGGCCGCCUAGACGCUGACUUGUACCCUCUGGGAUCCGGCUACGUCCCUGAAAUUGACAGUGUCCAUGACAUAUCAGUUGGCACAAAGAGGGGAUCCGACGAACUCUUUUCUUCCUGCAUAUCCAACGGGCCCUAUAUCAUGAACUCAGCCAAUGGCAACGACAGCAAAAAAUUCAAAGGUGACGUCCGCAGCCCUGGUGUUCCGUCACGUGUGGUCCAUGUACGCAAGCUGCCCAACGACAUAAAUGAGGCUGAGGUUAUUGGCCUGGGGCUGCCCUUUGGAAAGGUCACUAAUUUGCUGAUGCUGAAAGGGAAAAACCAGGCAUUCUUGGAGCUGAACAGUGAGGAGUGUGCUCAGACGAUGGUGAGCUACUACUCCUCUGUCACCCCUGUCAUCAGAAACCAUCCCAUUUACAUGCAAUACUCAACCCACAAAGAGCUCAAGACGGACAACUCCCCGAACCAAGUGCGUGCCCAGGCAGCUUUGCAGGCAGUCAAUGCGCUGCAUGGAGGUGGCAUGGGAGGCAUGGCCAUAUCUGCAGAAGCAGGUAGCAUGGGAGGAGCCACAAGUCAAAGCCCUGUACUCCGAGUCAUUGUGGAAAAUCUCUUCUACCCUGUCACCCUGGAUGUACUACACCAGAUUUUCUCAAAGUUCGGCACUGUGCUGAAAAUCAUCACCUUCACUAAGAACAACCAGUUCCAGGCUCUGAUCCAGUAUGCUGAUGGCAUGACAGCUCAGCAUGCCAAACUGUCUCUGGAUGGACAGAACAUCUACAAUGCCUGCUGUACCCUGAGAAUCAGCUUCUCCAAGCUCACCAGCCUGAAUGUCAAGUACAACAACGACAAGAGUAGGGACUACACCCGACCAGACCUCCCUACUGCAGAUUCACAGCAAUCUCUUGACCACCAGACCAUGGCAGCUGCUGCAUUUGCUGCGCCAGGCUUAAUUUCUGCCUCUCCCUAUGGUGGAGCUCAUGCUUUCCCCCCAACCUUUGCCAUCCAACAGGCAGGUCUGUCGGUGCCUGGUAUUCCCAGUGCCCUGGCAUCCCUGGGCAUGGGGCAUGGUGGCAUGGCGGCUGCAGCAGCGGCUGCCAGCCGGCUUGGCCUAUCAGGCCUAACUGCCUCUGGUGGACACAAUGUCUUGUUGGUCAGCAAUCUGAACCCUGAGAGCGUUACGCCACACUGCCUCUUUAUUCUUUUCGGCGUGUAUGGCGAUGUGAUGAGAGUGAAGAUCCUGUUCAAUAAAAAGGAGAAUGCUCUGAUCCAGAUGUCUGAUGGCACACAGGCUCAGCUAGCUAUGAGCCACCUGAACGGCCAGCGGCUUCACGGCAGGGCCAUGCGUGUGACAUUGUCAAAACACACCACAGUGCAACUGCCCAGAGAAGGCCAUGAGGACCAGGGCCUCACAAAGGACUACAGCAAUUCACCCCUGCACCGCUUCAAGAAGCCUGGCUCCAAAAAUUACUCCAACAUCUUCCCACCCUCUGCAACACUCCAUCUCUCCAACAUACCGCCUUCUGUGGUGGAGGAUGACCUCAGGAGGCUUUUUGCCAGCUCAGGAGCCACAGUCAAGGCCUUCAAAUUCUUUCAAAAAGACCGUAAGAUGGCUCUGAUCCAGAUGGGCUCAGUCGAGGAAGCAAUUGAGUCCCUCAUCGAGUUCCACAACCACGAUUUGGGAGAGAACCACCACCUUCGAGUGUCCUUCUCAAAGUCCACCAUCUGAGUGCCUUUGCUCCCUCAAAGUUUAUUACCAUCUGAAAGCGACCUUCCUCUAGGUUGCCUUCAGUGGAAAUUACAUAUUUAUGGCUGUGUUUCUUUGUAGAACGUUGCUCCCUUCAACACCUCCCAAGUUUUUCCCCAUCAUUAACAGGUUUGGGUAUCAGAUUUGAUUGAUUCUGCUUAUUGAUUCCAGAUCUUGUGAAGUUCUGGUUCCAGUUCUUUUUUGUUUAUAACAAAAAACACGAUAACCAUUUAAUUUAGUGUUUAGAAAAGACUGUAUUUUAAAUUUUAAAAAAUAAAACUCUAAGCAAAUAUGAAUAUAUACCCUCUUGCCAUUCACAAAUUGAAUGGUUGCUGUUAUACACUUACUUGUAUUUGAAUUAUACUUGCUAGCAUUAGUUUGGGGUGCUAUGACUUCAACUAAGGACAUGACAUACCAUGCAGCAGUAAGCAUGAAGGACUUCCUCCACUGUAUGAACUUAUUUUUUAGCUCAGUUAUUACAUUUAUUUUUAGAGUACGGUCUGAUUUGUGAAGCUUUGCUACACUUGUAAACGCUUGUGUCCAUCAUAUUGGAAAUGUACAUGUGCUUUGAUGCUAGCGUAACUAGCUAAGUAAAUGAAGGCAAAGUAACUUCAAAACUCGGCUCCGGAAUCAGUAAGUCUAAUCAAAGCUUGUCUUGUCAAAUCUAUCGUUCUCAGAACUCGUCUGAAGUACCCAAACCUGAGCAUGUAUUGUUCCAUUAGUUAAGUUUUAAGUGGGUUCGUGGGAAACGGGCAACAUUCUGCAAUGAAACGUGUUGUUAUGUUGGAGGUAACGUAGGGGCAGCUGAUGAACUGUCACUUUAGACCAAAUUGCUUAAAAAAAAAAAAAAAAAAAAAAAAGACACCUCCACCACAGAUGUAUGUUUAUGUGGAUGAAUCGUAUCCACACCAGACACACUUCAGCAUUCCUUUUACCAUGAUAGUUGUGUGGGUUAUAUCUAUGUGUGUGUGUGCCUUUUUUGAAAUGCCACUUUGAACCUGUUUGGCCAGUCAGAAACGGUUAGAGACAAAUGAUUUUGUUUUGGCUCACAGAUCACCAAACAAUUUAUUUCCCAGUAUCCAUUUCUAUUUUAUCUUUUUCUAAAUAGCCACCUGCUUGCUUCGGGGGAUCCAUACCACUAUCUGUACUAAUUCAAUAAGGAAAUAUUUUUCUGUCAGUACCUUAUCUACAGUCUUGUGCCUUACUUUGCCCCUACCAGAUUGCCUUAAGCAUUUGCUCUGGCUUCAUUUUGGAAAAGACGUGGCUCUCAGAAUACCCUUUUUUUUUUUUCUUUCUUAAUGCCUUUUGGUAUGUACCAGCAUCGUUAAAAUGGGGGAAAGUGGCUAAUUCAAUUUCCUGUUUUCUUCUUUACAAACAAAUGUUUAUCUAAGGAUUUGUAUGCAUAUAUCCCCAUUAUAUGUAUGUAGAAACUUUGAAUGUAAGUCAGAUAGAUGCUUAAUAUUCUUGCUAGAUGUAGCUCUGUUAGGUGUUUUGUUGCAGGAGUAGAGCUGUAUCCAGCCAUCCUGUCUUACAGUCCCCAUUCACCUCCAUUUAGUCCUUUCUCAGUAGGGGCAAUGGUGUAUGGGGCCUCAUUUAACCAUAUUAUGUUCAUCUAUAUGUGGACAACUAUAUAUUCAUUUAUCUUUUUUAUUUUUAGCAUUUACAUGUGUAUCACUUCUAAGCUUAACUGAUACUAUAUGUAGUGGCUGGGUUUAAUCAUUAUCACAGUGCCUUGACUCAUUGAAUUUUUAGUCUGAGGCCAGAAACCCUUUCUGGCCUGGUCAGUUGACUUUGUUUACCUCUCGUUCAGGUGUUUUAUCUUACCUGUCUGCUAAGAUGCCUUUAUCCCAUUUUUUUUUCAGGUAAUCUUACCUGUGAGAGGGCAGCUUGGAAGCAUUUGUCAAUUGACAGUAACGACAGUCUUGGACUGUGUCUAAAAACCCAGUCAAUUUUUUUCCUUAAAUUCAGGAUAACAGGAUUACAGGGUGGGAUAGCCCUCACCCAUUCCCUGUCUGUGUUCACUUACGCCACAGUCGGGUUCUUUAGUGCACUUUUCCUCAAUGAUAGGUCCAAGUUGGCACCAUCACGCUAAAGUCUUAAACGUCGUCACAUUCCUGAGUGCCUCAAGCACCAGUUUUCACAGCCUCGACCACUGUAGUCUUGGACCAGAUACAGAUGCGCUCUGUCUCUAUUUUUGUAAAAGAAUAUUAUGCAUGGUUUAACGAAGCUUCAUGUAGCUACAGACGGUUAUUGCUGUUAAGGACCAAAGUAUCUUCUACCCCUGCUGUUUUGUAGUGUUGUGAUUUCUUAAAGGUUUUUUUUUCACAUUCCUGCUAUUCCACAAAAACACAAGGCUCCAAUUACCCUAUUUUCCAUUUCUCAGAUGCCUUGGACAAAAGUCACAUGAAGAAAAAUCUGUUUUGGGUAACAACUUAUACUGUAUAUUGUACCCCUUUUUGUUUGAUGUUUCAAUGAGCCUACUUUGGUAGAGAUGGCUUUAGAAUGGAUACUUAAUUGAUCCGCAGUCCUAGCUGUGAUGUUGAGUGUAGAUUAUAUGCCUUUCAGUUUUUGUUCAAAGCUUUUAUUUUUUUCUCCUUUUUUAUAUGGGGGCGGGUGGGGUUAUUGUAUGAAGCAGGGUUGAUGGUUGUAUAUAUUCAUGUUUUUGUACCACAAAAUCAUUUGGAUUAUAUCAACUUUACGUUCAAAACAUGUAUAUUUUGAUAAAACAAUACAGACCUAUUAAGCUCUCCGGAGCUAUACAAGCAAACUUUUGUAACACAAAGACAUUAAACCUAUCUGAACACAGAAGUGUCUCUGUAUAUGCCCCACUCACCCCUUGCCAUUCUGUUCUUGUCUCUUGCAUCUUCUGCUGCCUUCAAUAAAUCUUUAGUUUGUUCCUUCUUUCAUCUGGCCUCAUUUGGUUUCUGUCUCUUCCCUUCUGUCCUGUGGAGCUGCUGCUCUGUAUUGGUUAACAUCUCGUAACAUUUUCCACGUUUCCCAUCUUGUUUACUACUGGUGGGUUUUUUUUAAUCUUUUACUGUACUUCCAACUUUGUACUCAUCCCAUCUGAAACUUGACUGACUGCUCAUCUGGGCUCAGCCCAAUCCCGUUACAAUCCCUUGAUGAAACAGCUGCGAUGGUGGUGGCAGAGUGGAGAGUUAAUUUGCUAUGCAACACUGGAUACUUGCUGUUUUCUAUGAUUCUUAAUAAUCCUCCUGUGCUUAGCUUUGACCUUUCGGUUUAACAGGUCUGCCUGACUCUUAG